AUGGCUUCUGAUACUUUACCGAAUGAUCUGAACAUAGAUACUGCACAGCUGAAUCAAGAAACUUUACAUUACAAUAACGUGACAGUUGCGCAGAACGGUGAACCUUCUCGGAUAAAUGAGGCCCAGUUGGCAGACCUGAAUAGAUGGAAAGAAGAAACCAUCAACAUCGCAAUCAUCGGACCAUCUCGACAAGGUAAAUCUUCCUUUAUUAAUGCCCUUAUUGGAAAAGAAAUAGCGGAAGUUGGAGUUUUGGGACCAACCACGAUGAAAGUACAGAAAAUUGAAAAUCCAGAUUUCCCCAAUUUUGUUUUCUGGGACCUUCCUGGAAUCGACGGAGACAAGUUCAAACGGGAGACUUACUUCAAAGACAUUGAACUGGAUGAGCACGAGUACGAUUUGUACAUCAUAGUCACCAAAGAAAUGCUCGGAGACAGUGAGUUUUUUGUCGCCGCAGAAUUGGCUGCGAGAGGUAAAUUGUUCUACCUGGUGCGCACCCAUGUUGAUGAAACGGUAGCAAAGUUAGUGAAAAAGAAGAAACCUAAAAUCAGUGAAGACGAUGCAGUUGCUGAAAUUCGGAAACUCCUUGAGAAACAACUCCAGAAAAAUUGUUUUGACCCACAACUCCACAAAGUGUUCCUUGUGAAUGUUGAAGAGCCCCUCGAAUCGAUGCAGCACUUCGACAUGGUUCUAUUGGUUGAAACCAUUUGUAAGCGUGGGUUUGCUUCUGAAACAAAAACUACUGCGUUUCUCUUCUCAAUCAAAAUCCGUGGACCCCAAAUGGUACAAGAAAUGUAUAUUGAGUUGAGCAAACGAAUAAAAAUUGUUGCAACGGCCUCAGCAGCUGGUGGAGCCCAGCCUAUUCCAAUAGCAGGAGCUUUGCUGGAUGCGAAGCUAAUAUACAAUGAAAUCAAUCUCUAUUUACAAAAGUUCGGUUUAACCAAAACUUCUAUAGCUGAAAUAGAGUUGAAGGCAAACAAAGAACCAGAAAUCAUCGAGACAAAGCUAACUGAGCUACUUUCAACCAAAAACAGAGCAAUUUCAUUGGUUCGGGAGGACUCUCAUUGGUCCAGCGCAAAGAACUUGUCGUAUGACCUUUUGAUUACAUUACUGAAAAGCUUAAGUCUAAUUGCCGUGUCUGAAUCGAUUGAAGGAUUCAUGGCCUUGGCGGUGCCCAUUGUGGGACCAGCAGCUGCCGGAGGCUUGUCAUUUGUGACAACUCUGGUUCAACUUAAGGUCAUUUUGAGAAGUGUGCGGGAUGUGGCCGUGGAAGUGCAGAAGUGGAUCGCAGAUAAAGAAUUAGAUAGAGACCCAGACCCCUCCGAGGACCCCAAUUUCCUGUAA